UACUGAAGAACAAAGAGAGUUGAUUGAAGAAAACAGGGAGAUUAAAGAGUUGAGUGAAGUUGAGGAGAAAAAUCAUAUUCACAUGAGAGUUCAUACAGGAGAGAAGCCAUUCACUUGUGAUCAAUGUGGAAAGAGUUUCUCACACUCAGCAAACCUUAAGGAUCACAUGAACAUCCACACUCGAGAGAAGCUGCAUGCAUGUGACCAAUGCAGAAAUUUUUUUUUGUGGCCUUCAGACCUGAAGAAACACCGGAGAGUUCAUACAAAGGAGAAACCGCAUUCAUGUUAUUUGUGUGGAAAGAGUUUUUCAUGUCUGCAAAAUUUGAAAGAACAUCAGAAAAUACAUACUGGUGUGAGAGACUACGUGUGCUUUGAGUGUGAAAAGACUUUUAUUUCAGUGAACUGUUUAAAACAGCACCAGAGGAUUCAUACUGGAGAGAAACCAUACAAGUGUUCACAAUGUGACAAGAAAUUCAGUCACUCGGGACAUCUGAAAACACAUGAGAGGAUCCACACUGGAGAGAAACCUUAUAAAUGUUCACAAUGUGACAAGAGAUUCAGUCACUCGGGACAUCUGAAAACACACCAGAGGAUUCAUACUGGAGAGAAACCUUGUGAGUGUUCACAAUGUGACAAGAAAUUCAGUCACUCGGGACAUCUGAAAACACAUGAGAGGAUCCACACUGGAGAGAAACCAUACACAUGUGGUCAGUGCGGGAAAAGUUUCACUCAAAAAGGAAACCUUAUGGAGCACAUGAGAGUUCAUACUGGAGAGAAGUCGUUCACUUGUGAUCAAUGUGGGAAAGGUUUCACAAAAUCAUCAAGCCUUAAGGUACACAUGAACAUUCACACUGAAGAGAAGCUGUACACAUGUGAUCAAUGUGACAAAACAUUUUUGAGGGCUUCAGACCUGAAGAAACACUUGAAAGUUCAUACAAAGGAGAAGCCACAUUCAUGUUAUUUGUGUGGAAAGAGUUUUUCGUGUCUUCAAAAUUUGAAAGGACAUCAGAAAAUACAUACUGGUGUGAAAGAGUACAUGUGCUUUGAGUGUGAAAAGACUUUUAUUUCAGUAAACUGUUUAAAACAGCACCAGAGGAUUCAUACUGGAGAGAAACCAUACAAGUGUGCACACUGUGACAAGAGAUUCAGUCAGUCAGGACAUCUGAAAACACACCAGAGGAUUCAUACUGGAGAGAAACCAUACAAGUGUGCACACUGUGACAAGAGAUUCAGUCAGUCAGGACAUCUGAAAACACACCAGAGGAUUCAUACUGGAGAGAAACCUUGUGAGUGUUCACAAUGUGACAAGAAAUUCAGUCACUCGGGACAUCUGAAAACACAUGAGAGGAUCCACACUGGAGAGAAACCUUAUAAAUGUUCACAAUGUGACAAGAGAUUCAGUCACUCGGGACAUCUGAAAACACACCAGAGGAUUCAUAUUGGAGAGAAACCUUAUAAGUGCUCACACUGUGACAAGAGAUUUAGCCAGACUGGAGACCUGAAAACACAUGAGAGGAUCCACACUGGAGAGAAACCAUACACAUGUGGUCAGUGCGGGAAAAGUUUCACUCAAAAAGGAAACCUUAUGGAGCAUAUGAGAGUUCAUACUGGAGAGAAGUCGUUCACUUGUGAUCAAUGUGGGAAAGGUUUCACAAAAUCAUCAAGCCUUAAGGUACACAUGAACAUUCACACUGAAGAGAAGCUGUACACAUGUGAUCAAUGUGACAAAACAUUUUUGAGGGCUUCAGACCUGAAGAAACACUUGAAAGUUCAUACAAAGGAGAAGCCACAUUCAUGUUAUUUGUGUGGAAAGAGUUUUUCGUGUCUUCAAAAUUUGAAAGGACAUCAGAAAAUACAUACUGGUGUGAAAGAGUACAUGUGCUUUGAGUGUGAAAAGACUUUUAUAUCAGCAAAUUGUUUAAAACUGCAUGAGAGGAUUCACUCUGGAGAGAAACCUUAUUUGUGUUCACACUGUGACAAGAGAUUCAGUCAGUCAACACAUCUGAAAAUACAUGAGAGGAUCCACACUGGAGAGAAACCGUACAAGUGUUCUCAUUGUGACAAGAGAUUCAGUCGGUCAGGAAUCCUGAAAAAACAUGAGAGGAUCCACACUGGAGAGAGACCUUAUAAGUGUUUACACUGUGACAAGAGAUUCAAUGAUUCAGGACACCUGAAAAGACACCAGAGGAUCCACACUGGAGAGAAACCGUAUCACUGCACUGCAUGUGGGAAGCGUUUCAAACAUUCAUCUGCUUUACACAAUCAUACAAAAAACAAUCACAGUAAGUAGAUCAUCUUCAGAUAAGCACUUUCAGGACUGAUGCUGCGUCCUCACACCAAUGAGACACAAUAAUGCAUCAAGUAGGGCUGGUCCGGAUAC